UUUCCGUAACUCUGUGUGAUUCAGGCAGAAACGAAAGUGAAAAUGAGAAAGUGAUUUCUGAGAGCUCUUUCACUGAAAACACAGCUGAGUAUAUCAGUAUAUUAUUCCACAACCAUGGAGCAGACUGACAUAGACGAGGGGUUAUAUUCCCGGCAACUAUAUGUCCUGGGCCAUGAUGCAAUGCGGCGUAUGGGAGAGGCCAGUGUACUUAUUUGUGGGAUGAGAGGUCUCGGGGUGGAGGUGGCCAAGAACGUAAUUCUGGCUGGAGUUGGUUCAGUCACCAUCCAGGAUGAGGGGACGACCGAAUGGGGUGACCUUUCCUCUCAGUUUUACCUAAAAGAGAGUGACCUGGGCAAGAACCGAGCAAUUUGUUCUGAAAAACACCUUGCCCAGUUAAAUAGCCAUGUUCGACUUUCCAUCCAUACCGAAACUCCAAAUAAGGACUUUUUGCACAAAUUCCAGGUGGUGGUUCUGACAGAUUCAUCAUUAGAAGAGCAGCUUUCAGUGGCUGCAUUCUGCCACUCCAACAACAUCAAAUUUAUUUUGGCUGACACCAAAGGACUUUGUGGGCAGUUGUUCUGUGACUUUGGAGAAAAUUUUCUGGUCAAAGACGCCGACGGGGAUCCGCCAAAUGUGUCCAUGAUUGCACAUGUUUCCAAGGGAAAUCCAGGUAUAGUCACAUGCACAGAUGACCAGGCUGCCUUCUCAGAUGGCAUGCAUGUUGUCUUCUCUGGGGUUCAGGGCAUGACCGAGCUCAACAGCUAUGGGCCUACUGAAAUCAAAAUGAUAGGCCACUACUCCUUCAGCAUUUGUGACACUUCAAAUUUCUCUGAAUUUGAGAAAGGUGGCGUGGCAACUGAAGUCAAAGAAACAAAGACUCUUAGUUUUCUACCUCUAGAUGUUGCUUUGAAGAAAGUGAUGCAAGGUCCCGAUCUAUUGGUGUUCACUGACUAUGGGAAAGUUCAGAAACAUCAAUCUCUUCACCUGGCCUUCCAAGCGCUGCAGGAGUUUCAACAGAAAUACAAUCGACUGCCCAAACCCAGGAACCAGGAGGAUGCUAAUCUGCUGCUCACCAUGACGAAGCAGCUCAGUGAAGCUGCACAAUUUGACAAGCUUGAUGAGGACGUCGUGAGGAAACUGUCUUUUACUGCCAGGGGCAAUUUGGCUCCCAUCAAUGCUUUCAUUGGAGGACUGGCUGCCCAGGAGGUGAUGAAGGCUUGCAGUGGGAAGUUCACUCCUCUCAAACAGUGGCUCUACUUUGAUGCUCUGGAGUGCCUUCCUGAGCAGGAGGACUGUGACAGAGGGCUGACAGAAGAAGCCUGUGCUCCAAGAGACAGUCGCUAUGAUGGUCAGAUUGCUGUCUUUGGCUCUGAAUUCCAAGAGAAACUGAAGAAACAGAGGUAUUUUCUGGUGGGUGCUGGUGCCAUUGGCUGUGAGCUUCUGAAAAACUUUGCUCUGAUUGGCCUCGGAGCUGGAGAGGGCGGCCACAUCACAGUGACAGACAUGGAUUCGAUCGAGAGGUCAAACCUGAAUCGCCAGUUUCUGUUUAGGUCUGAGGAUAUUGGGAGGCAGAAAUCAGAGGUGGCAGCUGAGGCCGUGCGUAAAAUAAACCCCAGCAUAAAUAUCACGUCUCACCAGAACCGUGUGUGUCAGGAGAGCGAGAGCAUCUACACACACCAGUUCUACAGCAGCCUGGAUGGAGUAGCAGCAGCACUGGAUAACGUGGAAGCCCGAGUGUAUUUGGAUGAGCGCUGUGUGCGGUACCAAAAGGCCAUGUUAGAAGGAGGGACUCUGGGUGGUAAAGGUUCUACACUUGUGGUGGUUCCACACCUGACUGAAUCCUAUGGACCAGCGCCGUCUUCAGGACAGAAAGCUUUUCCAUUGUGCACGCUGAAGCACUUCCCUCAUCGCAUAGAACACACACUGCAGUGGGCCAGAGAGCAGUUUGAAGGCCUGUUCAACCAAUCACCAGAGAAUGUAAACCAGUAUCUAUGUGAUGCUGAUUUCUGGGCUCGUACUGUUGGCCGAGGAGAGGCCGAGGCCGUCGAGGUGGUGGAGGCGGUGUAUAGAAGUCUGAAGGACAGACCCCGUGGCUGGCAGGGCUGUGUGGCCUGGGCUCGUUUGCAGUUUGAGAGCUUUUACAAAAAUGACAUCGCACAGCUGCUCUGCUGCUUCCCUCAUGACCAUGUAACUAGCUCAGAUCUUCCUUUCUGGAUGGGAGAUAAAAGAUGUCCUCAUCCCUUAACCUUUGACCCAGCCAACACCACCCAUAUGGAUUUUAUCGUGGCCUCCGCUAACCUGUAUGGGCAGAUUUAUGGGAUUGAGGGAUCAACAGAUCGUGCUGAUAUGAUAAAGGUCCUGGAAGGAGUGCAUGUGCCACCGUUUCAACCAAAAUCCAGUGUGACGAUUGCCGUGGUGGACGAGGAGCUGAAGGAAAGCAGGGAGGGGAGAAAUGAUGAGGACCAAGCCAAGCUGGAUGAGCUAAAGCAGAAAUUGUCAAGCCUCCAGAUAGCCGGUCAGAAGUGUCGGAUGUUCCCUCUAGAAUUUGAAAAGGAUGAUGACAGUAAUUUCCACAUGGACUUUAUAGUGGCAGCGUCUAACCUGAGGGCAGAGAAUUAUGAUAUACCAGCAGCAGAUCGGCACAAGAGCAAGCUCAUUGCUGGUCGCAUCAUCCCUGCUAUCGCCACAACCACAGCAGCAACAUCAGGCCUCAUGUGUCUAGAGCUCUAUAAGCUAGUGCAGGGACACCAGCAAAUCAGCUCCUUCCGUAAUUCAUUCCUUAACCUGGCAACCAGUUACUACUUCCUUUCACAACCAUUGAAGGAUCCAGGCUUCACAGUUGCGGGGAAAGAGUACUCCCUCUGGGACCAGAUUCUGGUGCAAGGAAGAAAAGAAGGACAGGAGGAAAUGACAGUGGAAGAGCUGCUGAAAUACGUCAAGGAAAACUACCACUUGGAAAUCACGGCUCUGUUUUAUGGACCUGCAAUGCUGUACCCGAAAGACGAUGAUCGACUUAAACAGAGCAGAGUGUCAGAAGUUGUCCAGAUGGUCACCAAGACUGAGAUUCCUGCUCACCUGCAGAUGCUGGAGAUCAUUCCUUCUUUCAAGGAGGAUGAGGAUUGUGAGAAGGUUCCACCAGUUAGGUACCUCUUUAGAUGAGGUCAGCAAGAUGGGAAUGCAAAAUAAAGUCAACUGUUUUCAAUGUCAGCUUUAUCACAUUGUUCUAGUAAAAAGAAAAUACUGUUCAUUCUCUUUAUAAUAGUUUCUUUAAUUAGCUCUGUGAUUUCUCUCUCUCUCUCUCUCUCUCUAUCACACUAAAAAUCUGGGAAUUCUUUUUCAUUCAAUGUAGGAAAUAAAAUGAAGGUUAUAGAAUUUAAUGAAUAUUUAAUAUUUAAUAUUCUGCACUUAUUUUAUCUCCCUAUUUAAAUGUAAGCAAAUUGGUGAUAUUGAGCAUGUUAACUGCUUUGUGCAGAAGGUCAGAUUUUCCUCAUGUCUAAUCUCUUCUACUAAAACUAAUGUGUAAUCUCUUCUGGAGUGUUCAGGUGACGUUCUGAUGGAUUUGAAAUGGAUCGUAAUGUUUUGCACAAACUUGUGAAGUCCAUGUCAGCUCGAGUGCACCCUGUCAUUAAAGCAAAAAAGGGGGAUACUUUUUAUGUAUGAGAUUCUUGUUAAUAUGUUAAUAUUUCUAAUGAAUUGUGUUGGGUUCAACUGGAAAAGAAUGAGAAAGAGAAACAUUUUUCAUGAGAGAGAGGUUAAUGAUAUAUCAGGAGCCAAUAUUCUCUCUAACAUUCAAGUCAAAGAUAGUGAUCAAAUGCGUCCUCUUGUUAGUGAGACACUGUGACACCUGUAACACUGCCUCUGUUCACCCCAGUGUUUUGUCAUACACAGAUUAUCACACACUGCUAUCAGCUUAUCAUUUAAAACAAUGUAAACACUCUAAAGAACACUCUAAUCUUGUCUGCUCCAUUUUAUUCAAAGGCUUUUUAUUUGAGUUAUACAUUGUUAAACCUCUUUGCUACUCUCAUGUCCUGCAUUUGUUUAUAAUAUGGAGGGUGGGUGCAUGCAUUGUGGGUAAUUAUACAGGGACUGGCUGAAACAAUGGGACAGCUAGCUCAGAGGUGCUGCAGAGAACAUGCUAAUGUGUAAAUCUGCAAGCUGAAAAUUUCAAGCUAUUACUCUUGACCAGCUGUGUAAAUACAUUUUUUUGUCAUGCACAGGACAGAACCAAAAGAAAUAACUCAUUCCAAACCUUACGCCAUGUCUAUUAAGGUGACAUAGUAAAAAUAAAGACAGAUUAUCAUUUUUGC